CCACAGUUUAACGCCCAAAAUGGCGGCUCCGUUGAAAAGUUUUGCCAGUUUUAUCCGAGUUUUUCCUCCUUAUUUAACACUUGUACCGAUGCUGUAACGGCGCCGAUACGUACUGUUUACUUGCUCUACAUACGGCGGCAUUUUUUCCUCAUCAUUGUAGGAAAGUACUGAAACAGGAAUGGCAUUUUCCUCACUGUUACAAUUUCGGGCAUCACUUUACCAAUGCUAGGCUAGGCUAGCAGGCUAACUACUUGUCAGAUGAGUGCUGGUUAAAGAGCUUCGGAAGCUAUGCCUUGCCUCUCCUUGGUCUCCAAGCUGAAGUGAAUAUGAAGAAGGGGACCCUCAAAUAGAAAUGGAGGAAGAUGUGAAAAAAGUGAAAAAGCCUGGUAUCGUGUCUCCAUUCAAGCGAGUCUUCCUGAAAGGAGAGAAGGGGAGAGACAAGAAGGCCCAGGAGAAAGCCACCGAGCGCAGGGCCCUCCACACCUUCUCGCUUUCUCAGCCUGAUCACCGCAUCGACCCUGACAUCCUGCUCAAUGACUACAUUGAGAAGGAAGUCAAAUACUUGGGGCAGCUGACAUCGGUUCCAGGAUACUUGAAUCCCUCAAGUCGCACAGAAGUGCUGCAGCUCAUUGACACUGCAAGGAAGUCCCAUCAGUUGGCAGGCCAGCUGACGUCAGAGCAGGAUGCAGUGGUGAGCUUGUCGGCGUACAACAUAAAGCUUGUUUGGCGUGAUGGAGAGGACAUCAUACUUAGAGUGCCAAUCCAUGACAUCGCUGCUGUCUCCUACAUCAGGGAUGAUUCUUUGCACCUUGUCGUGAUCAAAACAGCCCAGGAUUCAGGAGGUUCUCCUUGUCCCAGCUCAUGUCCUGAUCUCAACAAGUCUCAGACCCUGAGCUCUCUAUCAGAGAGUGGAGCUGUGCUUGUAGAGGUCUGCUGUCUGCUUGUGCUGGCUGUUGAUAAUAAGGCAGCAGCAGAGGAGCUGUGCCUGUUGCUCAGUCAAGUCUUUCAGAUCGUUUACACAGAAUCAACCAUCGACUUCUUAGACAGAGCCAUUUUUGAUGGAGCAACUACACCAACCAGACACCUUUCUCUGUACAGUGAUGACUCUUCAAGCAAAGUAGAUGUUAAGGAGGCCUUUGAAGCUGAAGCUGGCACAUUUCCUUUCCAGGGCUCCUUGGAGGCUGAAGAAAACUCUCCAUCAGCAUCCUCCCCAGCAUCUCCCCAGACAAAGACAGCGAGUGAAGGAGAACUCAGCACCACGGCUGCAGAGCUGCUGCAGGACUACAUGACCACAUUGCGGACUAAACUGUCCUCACAAGAGAUCCAGCAGUUUGCCACCCUGCUCCAUGAAUAUCGUAACGGUGCCUCCAUCCAUGAGUUCUGCAUUAACCUGCGACAGCUCUAUGGGGACAGCAGAAAAUUUCUUCUACUUGGCCUGCGCCCCUUCAUACCAGAGAAGGACAGCCAGCACUUUGAGAAUUUCCUUGAGACCAUCGGAGUGAAGGACGGCCGGGGUAUCAUCACAGACAGCUUUGGCCGUUAUCGGCGCACUGCCAGCUCCGCCUCCGAUUCCACCACCAACGGCAAUGGAGCAACCGGAGGAAGCGUCGCUUCGGACGAGGGCCAAGAAGCGUCCGAGGGAGAUGAGUGGGACCGCAUGAUCACGGACAUCAGCAAUGACAUCGAGGCUCUGGGCUGCAGUAUGGACCAGGAGGGAGUGACACCCUGACAGGAUAAAGAAAGGGAAACGUUUUUGAACAGAGGACACCACAUGGCAGCCAUCUUUAAAGAACAGAAGGCAUGAGCUAAAGGGACCAUAUGAAGGUGGUCCUCAGCACUGACCUAAGCUUUAUUAUAUUUUCCUCUAAUUGUCAAGAGGACGUUCUUUAUUCCCUAGGAACUCAAAAUAAACCUCAACCUAUCACCCAGAAAACAUGAAGUCAACAAAUGCACUUAUGCAGACGCAGUCAGUUGGCUAUUUUUACAAUCAGAGGGAUUCAUAGCCUCUGGGUUAUUUUUAAACUUCUUUUGAUUUUUGUACUCAUUUAUUGGCAGUAUCUGCCACUGCUGUCACCAAUGUAGCGACAAUCUCCAGAGUCUCUGGCAGGCUGAUUUAAUAUCUCCAAAGACUCUGGAGGGUCAAUCAGACGACUGUGUGCAUGUUUAUAGAAGGCAAAGACUGAGGCUGGACUGGUUUUGUGCUUUUGUGUAACUUUAGGUCAAUCAGCUUCAUCCACCUGGAGAAUAUGGUUUUAUUUCACAUUGGUGUGUUGUUGUGAGAGUGAAACAUUUUCUAUAUAUAUAUAUAUAUAUAUAUAUGUAUUUUUGUUUGUGUACCACUUUGUUUUUACACUAUCGUUAUCAGUGUUUACUCAUUUAUAUAUAUUUUUGCAUUAUUCAAACUGACCAAGGAAAUGCUGUAAAACAGAAAUUCUCACUCGUGUAAGUAAAUGAGUGGGGACUGCGUUGACAAAGCCUGUUAGGUUAUGGCUGAUGUACAUUUUGGAUUUUUUUUUUUCAUCUCCUGCAGGUCAUGUUAUGUCUUGUGACAUCUAUCGUGCCUUUACACUGCAGUACUGCUGCCAACUGUCUGCACACACAGACAGAAUAUCCUGAACUGUAACUACAGUUGUUUUGCUAAUUCAUGGUUAUUAAAUAACAACUGCUACACUAUUGUGUCUGCAU